AUGGCUUCUCAAAGACCUGACCCGUUUCCUAAUGCCACAACAAUCACGCUGUCCGCCGAGCAACUUGAUGCAUCACCUCAUUUCCCUCCCCUCUACGCUCUAGAGAACGAGGCUUUUGCCCACGCACACACCAAAAGUAUCGCGGGCAAAGAAUUCCUCCCAAAGGAGGUGGGCCGCUUUUAUGCACCACAAGACAUGCUGGAUGAAAUAGGUACUGAGGGUCUUUGCAUGAUAGCAUUUGAAAAGCAGGAGGGUAGCGAGAUCAUUGGAACAAUAAGCGCCAAGCCAUUUCACGAGCCAAAGAUCGCUGUGGAUACGGCAGGCAAGCAUAGUCGAAUGCUAUUCAAGCGCUCGGUAUCAGAAAAACAAAUGAACGGGCAAGCAGUCGACGCCAUAAUGAAGGGCGAGGAAGAAGCGGAGAAGUGGGAAUUGCUCGCCUCUGUCGUAUCCUUGAGAGUGAAGGGAAUGGGUGUGGCAAGCAUGCUUAUGGAGAAAUGCGUGGCAGAGAUCAAGAGAAGGUCGAUACAAAAUUGGCACGAGAAGCAAAGGGCAGGAAACCCAAAGAUCGUACUCUACCUGAGUACGAUGCAAGAGUUAAACGAGGUGUACUAUCAGAAACGAGGUUGGACAACGACGUCAACGAGGAGAAUCCCGGCCGGCACGACAGGAAACAGGGAUGAAUUCGGCAUCGUUGAGAUGAUGAAGACUAUCCCUCCGUGA